AUGAUUCAAUUAAAGACCAUCCUCAACUGCAUCGACAACUCGGGCGCGGCCCUCGUCGAAUGCGUCCUCGUCGUCGGCCAAAAACGCCACGCCAGAAUCGGUACGAGCCCACCCUACAAAGCCGAGCAGCCCUUGCCACGCGUUGGGCCAACAACAUGCGAACCCGAAAUUGAGCCACGGACUGCUAACCCCUCCCUAGGUGAUCGCAUCGUCGUCGUCGUGCAGGAGCACCGCACCGCCUCCUCGUCCGGCAUGUCGGGCGUGUCCAACGCGGCCAAGGUGAAGCGCGGGGACAUGCGGCACGCCGUGGUGGUGCGCACCAAGUACCCGACGCAGCGCCGCGACGGGUCCGUCGUGCGCUUCGACGACAACGCCUGCGUGCUGCUCAACAAGGCCGGCGACCCCGUCGGCUCCCGCAUCAACGGCGUCGUCGGCGCCGAGCUGAGACGCAAGAAGUGGAGCAAGAUUCUCUCCAUGGCGCCGAUGCAGGCGUAA